AGCAGCAGCACAGGCGACUGGAGGAGAGUUAACACAGUCUUCCCGCUGAUGGUGCUGAGGAUGCUGUUGUUUACCGUUUUCUCUUCCCACAUUGAAACCUAAUUUUAUCAUGAACAUUUUAUACAUGUGCUAGCAGAAAAUUAAGGAGAAUAGGAUGUGCUAGCAGAAUAUUAAGGAGCAAGAUCUCAAAGUCUACUAAACAGAAACUAAAUUCUGUUGAUCAUAACUUUUUAACAGACCUGUUACCAGAUCAGGGCAAAAAAUUCAUAUGAUAAAACAUAAUAAAAAUGUAAUCAGUUUAGUGCUGUAUCUGAAUACUUAAAAAAAAAAAAUGCAAAAAAUUGUAUUGGAAAAUUUAACACCGCUGUCACCAAUUAAAUAAUUUUUUUACAAAUUAAAUCAGUAUAUAUAAUGCCAAGAAUGUAUAGAUUAUAAAACAAAGAAAUAAAAAAGUGAUAUUAAAACAAAUGUUCUAAGUAUGAAAAAUGGAUAAAAUGGCAGUCAUGUGUAGUCAGGAUAUGGAGAGACCAUUGACACACAAGGAAAUAUUGCCGGUCCAGGAUGCAGAUCUUUCAAAGUUGCAUACAUUAGAAAAACAAUGGUUGUAUAAUAGCAGAACACAAAAUGUUAAAAGACCAAUAUCUCAAAUACAAGAUAAUGAAUUGGAAAAGCUUCUUCUUAAUCAGGAAGUUAAUCAUGGUAUGCCCAACGUCAUGGAUAUUGAGCAAAAAAAUGAUCUUCAGAAUCUGGAUUUGAAAGCUGAAAUAAUGGCUUCCCCAAAGAAAAAUAAAUUACUGACCAAUUGUGAAAUUCAUUUCAAUAAAGGUAUUCUUUGGAGAUGCUCUGAAAAAAGUACAUCAUUGCCAUUGGCUUUGUUGAACCAUAAUUGGCUUAGAGGAAUACCAGAGAAUAUUAGAAAACAAGUGUCGGCUAUGAGAUUUGUUGAUUAUGUACUUUUGGUGAAAAUAGAGGUUCGUGUGGCUUCCAUAUUUGAACGAAACAAAGAGGAAGCUGACACUGGCUUUACAAUAGAAUAUAUAUAUUCAGAACUGAUUAAGAACGGUUCAGUUGAUAUUUCACACCUUCCAUUUGUGCUUUCUCAGAGUAAUCUCUUCAUAUAUGAUUCCACUACAGAAUUAUGGAAAAAGAAAUAUACUUAUCAUGAAAGUGACAAAGUUUCCCAAGAAAUUAAAUGGCGAGGAAUUUUGGCAAUGCGAAAGGCAUGGACGAACCCAGGCACGUGUGAACCAUCUUGUGUUGGCAAAGUGGCAUGCUUAGAAGUUAUUAUUGGCAAGUCUUUUAUGACUGAAAAUCAGAUAUUGCAAGAAGUAUGUUAUACACUGUCCAUCCCAAGGUGCCAAGAAAUUAUGGAUUCCAUUCAGAGAGUGCUGGCAUCAUCAUCAUCAUUUUCCAUAUUUCAACCAAAAAAAGAUGAAAAUCAGAGCAGCGUUAUGCUUACUGCAACAAAUACAACACAGUCUUCAUCUUCAGCAGAAUCCACCAUGGCAAAACAACUCUCUCCAAAAAAUAACAAAGAAGAAGAAGACGGACCCAUAGAACACAUGACACCUAGGACCAUAACAAUUACAGAUUCCCAGAACUUACAAUCCCCCAUGUGUUCUGAGGGGGAUUGUAAGAUAAAUGUAUCUCCAGAUUUUACUCUUCAGCCUAAUUUUGCACUUGAAUGCCCAAGUGAACCUGUGAAAGAGGUGAAGGAAAGCUGCAAGAAUAGCGAUGCACCUAAUGAUAGAAAGCAAAAAGAAGUACAAAAACCAGGUCAUCGUUCUUCAGAUCGAAAUGCAUCUAAGGAACAGUAUUUGGUUCCACUUCGGCAACCACGUCGUCGUUCAUGUCAAAAUGUAUCUAAGGAACAGUAUUUCGUUCCACUUCAGCAAGGUUGGGUUCGUGAAAUUGUAUUCCGUGCAGUUUCUGAAUCUGCAAAUCGUGAUGUUUAUUAUCAUACACCUACGGGCAGAAAACUUCGAUCUCGUGUGGAUAUAGCAAAGUACUUGAAAAAUGAAAAUGUGGAAAAUCUGACUGUUGAAAAUUUCACUUUUAACAAGUUUCUUUUUGAAUUUGGUGAACCUUAUGAAGUCAUUCGGAAUGCCAAAUUUAGAAAAAGAAAGAUACAGUUAAAUGAGGAAGAUGCGAUAGAGGGUAUUUUGAAGAAACGUUUAAAUUCUACUACAACUGCUAAGGCAAAAACCCCGGGAAAAAAGAAAAGUGUUUAUUCCACUUCAGCUGCCAAGCCGACUGCUUCAGAUGCCAAGCUGACUGCUUCAGCUGCCAAGCUGACUGCUUCAGAUGCCAAGCCGACUGCUUCAGAUGCCAAGCCGACUGCUUCAGCUGCCAAGCCGACUGCUCCAGCUGCCAAGCCGACUGCUCCAGCUGCCAAGCCGACUGCUCCGGCUGCCAAGCUGACUGCUCCGGCUGCCAAGCCGACUGCUCCGGCUGCCAAGCCGACUGCUCCGGCUGCCAAGCCGACUGCUCCGGCUGCCAAGCCGACUGCUCCGGCUGCCAAGCCGACUGCUCCGGCUGCCAAGCCGACUGCUCCGGCUGCCAAGCCGACUGCUCCGGCUGCCAAGCCGACUGCUCCGGCUGCCAAGCCGACUGCUCCGGCUGCCAAGCCGACUACUCCGGCUGCCAAGCCGACUGCUCCGGCUGCCAAGCCGACUGCUCCGGCUGCCAAGCCGACUGCUCCGGCUGCCAAGCCGACUGCUCCACCUGCCAAGCCGACUGCUCCACCUGCCAAGCCGACUGCUCCGGCUGCCAAGCCGACUGCUCCGGCUGCCAAGCCGACUGCUCCACCUGCCAAGCCGACUGCUUCACCUGCCAAGCCGACUGCUCCACCUGCCAAGCCAACUGCUCCAGCUGCCAAACCAACUACUCCAGCUGCCAAGCCAAGCCUGGGGUCUGAGGAUUGUUGGGGCAUCCUUCAUGAAAAACACACCUUGAAAGAAAAUGAUGGAUUUGAGGUUACUAAUGAAAUUGGAGAAACGACUGGAUAUGAAGAUUGGAUCCCAUUUACCUCAUCUAAACCUAAUGUUGCCAAACAGGGAAAUAACUCUGAACAUUCCUUAAAGCCCACUCAUGAAUAUCAAAAUCAAGAUUUGUUGAAACAAAGAGAUUAUACAAUGAGAAGGGAUACUCUUUUAGAGAACAGAAAUUCUCAGGUUAACAAUGAGAUACAAAAUGAAAUAUUAGAAAUAUUUAAGGAACUCAAAACUGAUGAAGAUUAUAUCACAGAUUUAGCUGAUAUUCCUGGCCCAAAUAAGAAUAACAUCAGUAUUGACAACAAAUUGGCUAACAGAGACCUUAAGUGUGAAAUACAAAAGGCAAAACAUAAAGUGAAUUCUGUGAGUUAUGAUUCUUGUUUUAAAAGUAAUAAUAAUGGUAAAAUAUAUUUGAGCAAAGAGAAUGGCAAAAUAAUUAUUUCAUCUCAAAAUGGAAAAAUGUUGGGUAAAACAUCAAAUUCCAUUCAGGCCCAGGUAUGCAAUUCUGACAGAAGAUUGUCAAAUAAGUGUGACAUGGAAUUUCAUGAAAGUUUAGUCAUGUCAGAAGAAAACUUAAAAAAAAUUGAUAUUAAGAAAGAAAUAGAGAUAGAUCCUGAGACUCCUGAUGGUGAAAGUGUAUAUGAAAAAGAAAUGUCGGAAUCUCUUGAUAUAAAAUUUGAACCAAUAAGUGAUAUUCCAUUUGAGAGUAAUGAUCCAGGUGUUCCUGGACUAUUGUCAAAUGAGAAAGAGUAUUGUUCAGAUUUGAUGUCAGAGUAUACAGAUAAUUGUGUAAAAAGUGAAAUCAAUUGUUUAGACUCUGAUCCACUUGGAGAUGAUUUUGAAGCUUCUAAUGGAAGUCUUCCUGUAAUAUCAGAAAUUCAAAGUGGAGAGGAGGUGGAAAAACUUUUCUCAUUCACCGAGCAUCCUCUUAGAUUAUGGCAUCCAGUACCAACAGAAAAUACAAAGACUUGUAUUAAUACAAGGAAUGUAAAUUCAUUAACCAAUUUACAGACUUCAGAGAAUAUGUACCGUCGGGAUUUACCUCUGACACAUGAAGCAAGUGUUCAGCAACCUGUUAGCCUUCAGUCCAGUAAUACAUCAACCAGCGCCACACCACCACAGUGUGUGAUAACAUCUCGUGCUCAAGAAAGUCCAGUAUCUAAGGAAGCUGGUCAAAGAAAGUUGCCAGAAAUGCAAUGCUUACCACUAGAUAAUAAGGCCAAAAUGACAGAUAAGUACUGUAAGUCUACAGCUACAAGACAAAAUAUUUUGCCUUAUUGUCAGUAUAAGAAGGCCUCCAAAAAAAUAAUUGGAAUAAUAAAAAAUAAUGUGGCUGUUUUCCAGGAAAGCACAGCAAAUGAUGAAUCACUUCGAACAUUUAGAAAAUUAACUAUGAACACGCCAUCAGAAAAAAAUACAUUUAGUAGACAAAUACAUAAUAUACCAAAGGAGCAGAAAAUAACAUUAAAUGAGAAGGAUACUAAUUUGUCAAAAGAUUUGCAUGGAGUAGUUGGACAACCAAACAUAUCGCAACGCUUGAAUAAUCCAGAAUCAACAUUUACUUCUCAAAUAAAUAACUCGUCAAUGGAGCAAGAAAAAAUACAACAGUAUAAGAAUGUAUUUUUAUCAUCCGGGCACAACUCUCUAAGAACAUUUAGAAAACUGAAAACAAUUGUGACAGCUCCUUUAAAUAGCAAAGCAAAUAAUAUACCAUUAUAUGAGAAUAACGUACCUAAACCAUCUACAUCAAAUGAAGAAAUAAGUAUUUCACUUAGGAAAUUUAGGAAUCAAACAAGAAAUAGUGCACUAGAGGCAAGUACAAGAGGAACAUUAAAAGAAGGCAACAUUAAAAUUCAAAAACCAGUUUUAUGCAGUCAAUUAAAUGAGUCUCCAUCACAGCAGACAAAUCUGCCAACCCAACCAUCAAGUGGACAAGCAACUAACUUGAUAUCACAGCAGACAAAUCUGCUGCCCCGACCAUCAAGUGGACAAGCAACUAACUUGAUAUCACAGCAGACAAAUCUGCCAACCCAACCAUCAAGUGGACAAGUAACUAACUUGAUAUCACAGCAGAAACACCUGCCAACCCAACCAUCAAAUGGACAAGUAACUAACUUGAUAUCACAGCCAAAAAUGGCAACUUUCUUGAUAUCACAGCAGCAAAUAGCAACUAACUUGAUAUCACAACAGAAGGAACUGCCAACCCAAUCAUCAAGUGGACAAGUAACUAACUUGAUAUCACAGCAGAAACACCUGCCAACCCAACCAUCAAGUGGACAAGUAACUAACUUGAUAUCACAGCAGAAAAAUCUGCCAACCCGACCAUCAAUUGGACAAGUAAGUAACUUGAUAUCACAGCAGAAGAAUCUGCCAACCCAAUCAUCAAGUGGACAAGUAACUAACUUGAUAUCACAGCAGAAAAUAGCAACUUUCUUGAUAUCACAGCAGCAAAUAGCAACUAACUUGAUAUCACAGCAGAAGAAUCUGCCAACCCAAUCAUCAAGUGGACAAGUAACUAACUUGAUAUCAGAGCAGAAAAUAGCAAAUUUCUUGAUAUCACAGCAGCAAAUAGCAACUAACUUGAUAUCACAGCAGAAGAAUCUGCAAACCCAAUCAUCAAGUGGACAAGUAACUAACUUGAUAUCCCAGCCAAAAAUGGCAACUUUCUUAACAUCACAGCAGCAAACAGUAACUAACUUGAUAUCACAGCAGACACACCUGCCAACCCAACCAUCAAGUGGACAAGUAACUAACUUGAUAUCACAGCAGACAAAUCUGCUAACCCAACCAUCAAGUGGACAAGUAACUAACUUGAUAUCACAGCAGACAAAUCUGCUAACCCAACCAUCAAGUGGACAAGUAACUAACUUGAUAUCACAGCAGAAACACCUGCCAACCCAACCAUCAAGUGGACAAGUAACUAACUUGAUAUCACAGCAGACAAAUCUGCCAACCCGACCAUCAAGUGGACAAGCAACUAACUUGAUAUCACAGCAGACAAAUCUACCAACCCAACCAUCAAGUGGACAAGUAACUAACUUGAUAUCACAGCAGACAAAUCUACCAACCCAACCAUCAAGUGGACAAGUAAGUAAAUUAACAUUGCAGCUUGAAAAUGUGAAGAUGCCACCAUUUACAAUUAAAGAAGAAAGGCUUCCGUUACCACAAAAAAGUAUUAUAUUAACUCAGCCAUUAUUAAAAAGAGAGAGAUUUAGUGCUUCACCUGAAAACUGUGACAAUGCAAGCAUCAUCAAGUGGGAAAGUUAAUGAUGCAGGAACAUGGCAAACAAACAUACUAGUAUCAAAUGGACAAUUAAAUGCCUCACAAAUACAAACAAAAAACAUGUGAACUCUAGCAUCUGCUGUCAAGACAACUAAAUUGGCUUGACAGCAGUAAAGUAUGUCAACCUAACAAUCAACAUUAAGUGGACAUAAUGGCUCAACUCUUCAUCAGCAGCAACUAGACCAUUUAAUAAGUUAAUAUCUGAACAGUUAAUGUAUCAAUGCAGUUAUCAAGUGGACAAAUAGUUAACUUGCCAAUUAACUACAUACACACAAAAACAGCAUAGUGUCGACAGUGUAUUGCCUUGACAUUGCACCAGGCAAGCUUAACCCAGAGCCCAACUGUAAAUAUUAAGUUGGCAAAUAAAUAACUUAAUAACGCAGAGGGACAUCACAUGCCAAUAACAAGCAAAUGUAGUACUCUACCAUACCAUUCAUAUUUAGUCAAAUGAUUGGAGUAAAAGACAAAGAUACUGUCUAUGCUUGCUAAUCUGGAUCAUGUGUAGCCCCACAUCUCCUAAAAGUUAGCCGGACACCUGGAUUAGCAGGAAUUUUUAUUGGGAAAGUAUAAAAAAAUUUAAAUCAUAAUUUAUUGUACCAUAAUUUGUAACAUAAUUUGUAUUUUCACAUGCACUAAACAUAAAUUUACAUGGUUAGGGGAGGAUCGUCAUACACAUUAUAUGCAGUACUCGAAUACUUUAUUGGCAAUACAGUAACAAUUUCAACUUGCCUUUUGGAGUUUGUCAGCUUGCUUGCUGAAAGACUUCAAUAUUAUAAUUUAACUAACCGAACACUACAAUAAAAUUAUUGUACAUGA